CCCGUCCUGCACGCCACCGCGCUCCGAACAUACACACACUCUUUCUCUCUACCGCUUACACACACACACACACACACCCUCCUGUAUAAACGGCAUCUGCCUGUACACAGACUCUCGCAUUCUUACCCUCCCUCUCAUCUCUCAUGUGCGCGCGCUGUCAUUAACGCACGCACCGCGGCAGCGCACACCAGACGCGCUCGAGCACACGGUUCGGUUCGGACAUGAUACCGGCGCGGACCCGGAGAUGAGGCUCAGAAAUGGCACCUUCCUAACAGUCAUAGUAUUCGGGUUAUGUGGGUUUAUAUCGUUAUCCUGGUACACCGCAUUCAGCAAUUCCAAAGGUAAUGUCGUAGACAUCUACCAGCGUGAAUUUCUGGCGCUGAGAGACCGUCUGCACUCCGCGGAGCAGGAGAACCUCAAACGCUCCAAAGAGCUCAACCUGGUGCUGGACGAGAUCAAGCGAGCCAUCGCUGAGAAACAAGCGCUGCGGGACAUCAACCGCACCUGGAGCAGCCUGUCAGAUGAGACCAAGCUGAAGUUGUGGAACGUGACCAGCAGUAAGAAUGUUCUUCAGCUGCCCAGCAUCUUCCACCAUCUGCCACACCUGCUGGCCAAGGAGACCAGCCUCCAGCCGGCCGUGCACAUCGGCCAGGGCCGCACCGGAGUGUCGAUAGUGAUGGGGGUGCCCAGUGUGAAGAGAGAGGUGCACACCUACCUGACGGACACGCUGACCUCGCUGAUGUCAGAGCUGAGUCCGGCCGAGAAGGAGGACUGUGUGAUUGUCGUCUUCAUCGCAGAGACGGAUCAACAAUAUGCAAAUAGUGUUGCUGAAAACCUUAAGCGCCUGUUUCCCGGGGAGAUUCAGUCUGGGCUGUUGGAGAUCAUUUCUCCCUCCGUCCACUUCUAUCCAGACUUCUCUCACCUCAAAGAGUCGUUUGGUGACCCUAAAGAGCGGGUCAGGUGGAGAACGAAGCAGAACCUGGAUUACUGCUUCCUGAUGAUGUACGCACAGACUAAAGGAACCUAUUAUGUACAGCUAGAGGAUGACAUUGUUGCACGGCCAAAUUACUUCACCACAAUGAAGAAUUUCGCCCUGCAGCAGCCGUCAGAGGAGUGGAUGAUUCUAGAAUUCUCCCAGCUGGGCUUCAUUGGGAAAAUGUUCAAGUCAUUAGACUUGCCGCUGAUCGUGGAGUUUAUGCUAAUGUUCUACAAAGACAAGCCCAUUGAUUGGCUGUUGGACCACAUCAUGUGGGUGAAGGUGUGCAACCCAGAAAAAGACGCGAAACAUUGUGACAGGCAGAAAGCAAACCUACGCAUCCGCUUUAAACCGUCUCUCUUCCAGCAUGUUGGAACACACUCUUCCCUCGCUGGAAAGAUCCAGAAACUCAAGGAUAAGGACUUCGGGAAGCAGACGUUGCAUAAAGGUCACGCUAACCCGCUAGCUGAGGUCACCACCAGUCUGAAGACGUACCAGCACUUCACGCUGGAGAAGGCCUAUCUGGGCGAGGAUUUCUUCUGGGCGUUCACACCUGUGGCGGGAGACUUCAUACGCAUCCGCUUCUUCACGCCUGUCCGUGUGGAGAGGUAUUUCUUCCGCAGUGGAAACAUCGAGCACCCUGGAGACAAGCUCUUCAACACUACAGUGGAGGUUCUUCCUUUCGACAAUAUUCAGUCGGAGAAAGAAGCACUGAAGGAGGGGAGAGAGAAAACACCGAAGUACCAGCGCACAGAAGACGGCUUCAUCAGAAUAGGGAAGUUUGAGAACGGGAUCGCGGAGGGCGAGGUGGACGCUUCCUUCGGCCCGCUGGAGGCUCUGCGGCUCUCGGUGCUGACCGACUCUCCUGUGUGGGUCAUUCUCAGCGAGAUUUUCAUCAAGAAAGCCGAGUGAUGAUGUUCAGCAAUACCUCACGUGUUCAGCAGCUCUCUGGUGCAGGAUGGCGUCUGCUCAGCACCUCCACAGGAGCUCUUCACACCAGUUUCUUUAGCUUGGUCCAACAGCGCCAACCGCUGGCGACAAGCUGUUACAGCAGGGCAGAGAAUGCCAGACGGUGGCUGAUGACGGACACACACAGACAGACACACAGCUCGUGCCGUCAGACGCGCCGCUCCUGCUGAUGACGACUGUCUUUUGUAAACUGUAUUUAUAUGUAUAUAUGCCCAUGGUUGAGUUGAUGUAAUUACACUGGUAUGUUGUCAAGGGCUUCCUGGACGGAGAAACUUUGACAUUCAACUAAUGCUGCUUUGGAAUGGAAGACUCUUCUUGAUUUCCUACUCGAGAUUUGAUUUUCAAAGUUCAAUUUGUGUUGUUAAUUAGUUGACAAAUGCUUCUGUUUAGGCUACUCCAAAUGGUGUGUAUUUAUUGUAUUUAUGAGGAUACAUAAAGAGUACACACACGUGAUAGAUACGUGUUAGUUCCUCCAGAUCAGCCUAAAAGAUCCCUGAUGAUGAACGAGUGACGUUAUUGUAACUAGAGUAUGCUGCAGAACUCUUCUUCUUAUAAUUAAAAGGAAAUCAGUCACAAAAAACAAGAGGGAAGCCUUCGGAACAUUUUAUUUAUACAUGUAUUUUUUAUUAUUAUUAUCAUUUUUUACUUUCCAGACAUAUUGCAAUAUGUUUUUUCCCUCUUCCUGCCUUAAUGUGACGCAGUCGAGUGCUGAUGUGAGCGGAAACAGAUCUAUAACACACCAACAUCGGACAGGGAAUGUUCUCAGAACGUUCUCUCAAAGUUAUGAGCAAACGUUCUUCCAGUAACGUUAAUAGAAUGUUCGCUAAAAGGUCUCAAAAUGUUAGUACAAAAGCAUUAUUUAUAGAUCUUUUUUUUUUUCUGAAAACGUUUUAUUUGGACGUUCAUCUAACGUUUUUUAAAUGUUUGGCUACUCCUUGUUACAGAACGUUCUGAGAACAUUUAGAGAACAUUCAAAAGUACAUUGCCACGCAGAAUGAUAAAAUAGAAUGUUCCCUUAACGUUCACAUGACCAAGAAUGUUCAGAGAACGUUUCCGUAACAUAAUGGGAAUGUUAGCCAAAGGUUCUCAGAACGUUCUCUCAAAGUUAUGAGCAAACAUUCUUCCAGUAACGUUAAUAGAAUGUUCGUUCAAAGUUAAAAACAUUAGUACAACAACAUUAUUUAUAGAUCGUUAGAAUUGGUGGAACAAUUUAUUUGGACGUUCAUCUAACAUUUUUUAAAUGUUUGGCUACUCCUUGUUACAGAACGUUCUGAGAACAUUCAAAAAUAACGUUGCCAUGCAGAAUGAUAAGACUGAAUGUUCCCUUAACGUUCACAUAACCAAGAAUGUUCAGAGAACGUUUCCGUAACGUUAUGGAAACGUUAGCCAAGCGUUCUCAGAACGUUUCCUGCCAGAAACAUCUGUUCAGCUCAGUGUGAAUCAAUGCACUGGUAUUUAGACGCUCAGUUUGCUCUCGGAAAAUAUGAAUAAUUAAUAUUUAACAGAUGCUACACAAAUUUGUCAAGGGUUCUGAUAUUUAUCAUGCCUUACAAUGAUUCGCUGUUUAGUUUAACAAAACAAGAGGACACCACUGUUGGAUAGAGGUGAACUGGACGAUCGGCGUAAGCUCGAUCACAGUCUUCAGAGAAUGUUUGUGCAGUAAGACAACACCAUCUGAUGAACCAAUGACGAUCGGCAGGAGGGUCACGUGACUCGCGUCCCAGCAGCCCCUCAGCUUUCACUGUCCCUUCAUUGGUUUCUCUUGAUUAGCCCAUCUGAAAAUGUAAUGCUCAGCUGAUUUGAAUAAAGUCAAAGUCCAAACUUGA